AUGUUUCGUCUGUGUUUCUCACUCUUCCUGUGUUUGGUUUGGCUUGGACUGCUCUGUCUCUCAGAGGCAGUGGAAAACCAAGCUGAAUCAAGGGAAAAAAGGAGUGUGCCUAACUGGGCGCUGACAUCUUCAGACUUUUUCGCCUGGAUUGAAGAGUUGCGUUCUCACGCUGGCUAUGACAAGAUUGAGGAAUUGGCCAGAACCUUCUGGGCUCACUUCCCUUCCGCCAGCCGCCUGGGUUACGACCCUCCUGCUCCAGAAGAAUAA